UUACUCUUUUCAUGGACGUUUAUGGAAGUCAAGAAUCUUGCAAACGGUGAGUGAAUGAAUGAAACAGGAAGCGGCCGACAUAUUCAUAUUCAUCAUGCCCUUCCUAAUAUGUAUCCCCACGCCCACGCCCACUCAAUCUACGUCAAACCCUUUGCUAGUUUACUACUCUUCUACAUGAUGCACGAAGCAAUGAAUCCUGAACACAUCAUCCCUUGCGCGCUUCUUCACAAGGAUCAACACGUAUGAAAAUAAACCCAGCAGCGGUGAGCUGUGGAUGUACAGCAAAGACAUGUAAAUGGUUGCUAUGCAGCUACAUAGAACUGCAUGGCACUACCGCUCUCUAGCUCAUCUGUUUUUUUCAUCUUCUACCUCUAGAACGUAUAAUUGAUUCACAUCAGACUUACGUGUCAUAGACUCAACCAAGAAUAAGCUCUUGAUAUAAUAUUGAUAUUCCGUAAAGCCCCACACCUCUCGGUCCGCUUUUCUCUUAAUAUUCAUCUAUCAUUCUUGUCCAGCAGAUGAUAGCUCUUGAAUAUUUCGCGCAAGAGCUUGUACAUCGAUCUACAUAUGAUAAGGCGCAUCAGCAAAAUAGGUCAUCGCUUCGCGGUCUAACCAUUUGACUUCGGGAUCGCGGUCUUUUCUUCGCAGCACGCAGACUAGCCCUAUUAUAUAGCGGUAGGCCACAUGGCUCCGAAAAGUAUGGCCCCUGUUGAUCCUGAAAAAUUUGUUGUCUUCCUAGG